GGCUUUUAACUUUUGGCUAGCUAAGAACUGAAAAGCUCCUCUUCUCUUCUCUGCUCCUCUCAUCCUCAUCAUGUGAAAUCUCGAUGAUUUGAAUCAACAAUACUUCCGCCCCAGAUCCAGUCCCUCUCCCAGAAUCAAUAAAUGACUUUUCUUUUUCACGCGGUGGAAGAGGUAAAUGUCAAUUUCGAAGUGUUUUAAAUAAGUGAAUGAAGUGGUUGACUUUGAAAUUUUCAAUAAGCAUGAUGAAUUAUCAACAAGAUGAAAGUAUUCGAGAUCUCAAUGUCGCACUUCAACGAGUUUUGCUGGCUUUUCCGGGCAACAGUGGCCACCAGUUGAUUCAAGACACCGUGAGAAGAGCUAUCAACGCAUCUGCAUCGGAAUCCCAAUUUCCAACGCCAGCAUGCAUUCAAACCGAAGAGGAAUCAAAACACUUCGAUCAAUUACGUAACUUCAUCGACAACCUUGUCUUGACAGUAACGCCUCAAGCUCUUCCAGCGUCCACGUCGACAUCAGCUUCAAGUCGCCCAACUUCCGAGCACAACAAACGGAAAUCCCUCGACGAUCCGGAGCAUGAUGCAAAGUUGUCACGGAGAAAGUUGUCCAAAGCAGAGCAGGAAGCGGCCGGAGCUUUGCAAGAAUUAUCAGCCGGUGUUUAAGUAUGGAUAUGGAUGGAUGGAUGGCUGGUUGGAUGGUUGGCUUGUUUGGGUCUGGGUUUCACGGAUGGUAAAAAGAAUUGAAGCAAAUUUGUAAGAUUAUCAAAAGGACAUAUGUAGUUAAUACGAGAGAGACAGCUUUCAUGGAUCGUUGAGCAUCGCGUCUUCAUGGUACUUAUUGUACGCGUCGUCCCUUGAAAGUGUACUUUGGAAGCUGCUAUCUGCAUCCUCCUUGUGAGAUGCGUUACCAAUGGUGCCGACCUUCACACGAUCAAGCAAGAUACAAUAUAAUUGCGAAUCGCAUACCCA